GCUUGCCUCUCGCCACAUCUUACGGACGAUUCGUGCCGUCCUUACCCUGUCCAAAGACUCUCCGCAGCCUUUGACGAGCUUUACGAUCCUUGAUUAGCGAUGGCGACCGCAUACUAUGAGUUCUACCGGGGUUCUUCCAUUGGCAUGGCGCUUACGGACUCUCUGGAUGAACUCAUCACGAGCGGCGAGAUCACCCCACAGCUGGCUAUGAAGGUCUUGCAGCAGUUCGACAAAAGCCUCGCGGAUACGAUGGUCAAGCACGUCAAGUCGAAGUGCAACAUGAGGGGUUCCCUUCGUACUUAUCGGCUAUGCGACGACGUAUGGACAUUUGUGGUGAAGGACCCAGUGUUCAAGCUCGAAGGUGGCGAGCACGUCGGCGCCGACUCGAAGAAGAUCAAGAUCAUUUCUUGCAAGAGCGGUGAGGCGCUAGACGCCGGGAAGAAGUAAGACCCUUUUCAUCGCCUCAUGAGGGUCUUUGUCUUCCUGGCGAAAGCGAUCUGGUGCGGACGAUGGCUUUGGCUCGUAGUUACCUCGAUUAUCCACCACGUUACUGCUGUGUAGACUGUAUUUUACCUAUCUAUCGUACCUAUAGCAUAGAAUUGCAUCCAUCGGUAGGCUCUCGAGACCGUCGGCGC